AAUGACGACGAGGCCCUUGCCGAUGACUGGGAGGCGUUGGCUCUUGAUGAUGACGAAGAGGUUGCCGACAACUGGGACGAGCAGGAAUCGUUCGACGCAAACAAGAAAGCCGAAGAGGCCAAGAGGGCUGCGGAAGCCGAGGCUGCCGCGGCGGCUGCAGCGGCUGCGGCCGAGGCUGAGCGCUUGGAGGCCGAGAGAAUCGCCGAAGAGGAGCGUGUUGCGGCCGAACAGAGAGAAAGAGAGGCCAGAGAGGCCAGCAAGAAACAAAUGUCCAAGAAGCAGGUGGCCAAGGUUACCGAGCCAGAGACCCCAGAUCUCCGUUCCCCAAUCUGCUGUAUCUUGGGUCACGUUGAUACCGGGAAAACCAAGUUGUUGGACAAGGUCCGUCAGACUAACGUCCAGGGUGGUGAAGCUGGUGGUAUCACCCAACAGAUUGGUGCCACCUACUUCCCGGUGUCGGCCAUCAAGUCCAAGACCGCCGUCAUGGCUGCUUACGAGAAGCAGACCUUUGACGUCCCCGGCUUGUUGAUUAUCGAUACCCCGGGCCACGAGUCUUUCUCCAACUUGCGUUCCCGUGGUUCCUCUCUCUGUAACAUUGCUAUCUUGGUUAUCGACAUCAUGCAUGGUCUCGAGCAGCAGACCAGAGAGUCUAUCCGUCUCUUGAGAGAGAGAAAGGCACCAUUCAUUGUCGCGUUGAACAAGAUUGAUCGUCUUUACGACUGGCAGACCACCCCGAACAACUCCUUCCGUGACUCCUUCGGCAAGCAGUCCCACACUGUCCAGCAGGAGUUUGAAGACAGAUACACGAAAAUCAAGGUUGAAUUAGCCGAGGAGGGUCUUAACUCCGAGUUAUACUUCAACAACAAGAACAUGGCCAAGUAUGUGUCUAUCGUUCCAACCUCCGCCGUCACCGGUGAGGGUGUUCCUGAUUUGUUGUGGCUCUUGUUGGAGUUGACCCAGAAGAGAAUGUCCAAGCAGUUGAUGUACCUCUCCAAGGUUGAGGCCACCAUCUUGGAAGUCAAGAUUGUUGAGGGUCUCGGUACCACCAUCGAUGUGGUGUUGUCCAAUGGUGUGUUGAGAGAGGGUGAUCGUAUCAUUCUCUGCGGUAUGAAUGGGCCGAUUGCCACUAAUAUCAGAGCGUUGCUUACGCCACCGCCGUCGCGUGAGUUGCGUAUCAAGUCCGAGUACGUCCACCACAAGGAGGUCAAGGCCGCUUUGGGGGUCAAGAUUGCUGCCACCGACUUGGAAAAGGCGGUUGCUGGUUCACGUUUGUUGGUUGUUGGUCCGGACGACGACGAGGAAGAGAUGUUGGACGAGGUUAUGGACGAUCUUACCGGGUUGUUGGACUCUGUCGACACCUCUGGUCGCGGUGUCACCGUGCAAGCCUCCACCUUGGGUUCCUUGGAAGCCUUGUUGGAUUUCCUCAAGCAGAUGAAGAUCCCAGUCAUGUCCAUUGGUUUGGGUCCAGUCUACAAGAGAGACGUCAUGAAGGCCACCACUAUGUUGGAGAAAGCCAAGGAGUUUGCCAUCAUGUUAUGUUUCGAUGUCAAGGUUGACAAGGAAGCCGAACAGUAUGCCGACGAGCAGGGUGUCAAGAUUUUCUCUGCUGACAUUAUCUACCACUUGUUUGAUGCCUUCACCGCCUACCAGGCCAAGUUGAUGGAGGAGAGACGUAAGGAGUUCCAGGAACACGCCGUCUACCCAUGUGUUAUGAAGACUCUCCAGAUUAUUAACAAGCGUAACCCUAUGAUUAUUGGUGUUGACGUGAUGGAAGGUACCGUCCGUUUGGGUACCCCGAUCUGUGCUGCUCGUACGGACCCUGCUACCAAGCAGAAGCACGUUAUGUUGUUGGGUAGGGUCACUUCCUUGGAGGUUAACCACAAGCCUGUCGACAAGGUCAACAGAUCCACCACCUCUGCCGGUGUGGCAAUGCGUCUUGACAACCCGUCUGCCGCCCAGCCUGUCUGGGGCCGUCACGUUGACGAAACCGACUUGUUGUACUCCUUUAUCACUCGUAAAUCUAUUGACACCUUGAAGGACCCUGCCUUCCGUGACCAAGUCCCAAGAGACGAUUGGUUGUUGAUCAAGCAGUUGAAGCCAAUUUUGGAUGUUGAGUAA